AUGGCUAGUCACCUUUUGGUUGUUGCAAGUUUACUAGUCAUUGCUUGUGCCAUGGUUACUGCCUUUGAGCCUAGUCCAUUGCAAGAUUUCUGCGUUGCAGAUCCUACUAGCUCAGCAAAAGUUAAUGGCCUAGCUUGCUUGGACCCGAAGAUGGUGCAAGCCAACCACUUUUCCUUUAGUGGACUCCAUAUUCCUGGGAAUACAUCAAAUUCCCUUGGCUCUGCAGUUUCACCAGUCUUUGUAGGCCAAUUACCUGGACUCAACACCCUUGGAAUCUCAAUGGCCCGUAUCGACUAUGCACCAUGGGGUCUGAUCCCUCCUCACACGCACCCUCGAGCCACUGAAAUUCUAACAGUCUUAGAAGGCAAACUCCUCGUUGGCUUUGUGACUUCUAACCCUGAAAACAGGCUCAUUACUAAGGUCCUUGAGAAGGGUGAUGUGUUUGUGUUUCCUAUUGGACUUGUACAUUUCCAGAGAAAUGUUGGCUAUGGAAGUGCUUUCUCAAUCUCUGCCUUAAGCAGCCAAAACGCUGGUGUUGUUCUCAUUCCAAAUACUCUGUUUGGAUCCACUCCAAGUAUUCCUGGAGACAUUCUAGCCAAGGCUUUGCAGGUGGACAAGUCAGUCAUUGAAAAACUUCAAGCUCAAUUCUAG